AUGGCCCACCUGCAAUCACCUCAUUAUGUCCUGCAUCAGAAGACUGAGUCGGCUUGUACUUCGAAAACCAAUACAAAUUGGGAGGUCCGGGAAGCGGACAAGUCCCAACUAGAGGGGUACUUCAAUGUCCAUUUCACGGAUAUCAUCGAUUGCGACCAAGACUGCGAUGAGGAAAGAGAGUUCUUUGAUGAUGUUGUGGAACCAGAACCUCAGAGCAAUGCCUGGAAAUUCCGGUAUCUGCUGGAUAUGGAUGGCCAUGCAUACAGCGGUAGGUUCUACGCCUUAUUGCGUAGCAAGGGUGUUCCAUUCAAGAUGACUUUCUCCCGUGAAUGGCAUGAAAACGUAUUGAUCCCAUGGGUUCACUAUGUACCGGUCAACAAGGAUGGCAAUGAACUUGCUGAGCUAGUUCGUUUCUUCGAGGAAGAUGCCACAGGUCAGGAGAUCACAAAAUCCAUCGGUGAAGAGGGCCAGUCUUGGGCAGCUCGGACCCUUAGAAAUGAUGAUAUAGAGGUUUACAUGUUUCGACUUCUUUUGGAGUACGCUCGUGUACAAGAUGAUAAUAGAGAGAGCCUCGGCUUUCGAUUAUAG